AUGUGGGGCACUGAAAGGCAUUUGGACACUGCUGCUUUAGAGAAUGGAAGCCUUGCGCUGCUCGGUGCUACGGGGCUGCCGUUGAAGAACGUCACUUCUCUGGGACCUGGCGAGUUCGGUGAUGAGUAUUGCACUGCGACUGUGGGCGGGCCCGCUGGGGCAUACUGCGUUGUCUUAGGGGGUAAUAAUCAAGCCUACAAAGUUGCACACAACGACUACUACAAAGCCAAGGAUUAUGCAAACGCCAUUGGAGAAUACAUUAAAGCCCUUGGUAUCGAGCCCUUUCCAGUCACCUAUCUCUCCAGACGAGUGGCAGCAUUCACGCGCGUUAAUCGUUUUGAAGAGACGCUAGAGGAUGCAUACACUGCAAGCGGUAUAGACCAUUCUAAUCCGCAGAGGUCCUCUAUUGACUAG